CCCAAGGCUACCGCCAUGCAGCAGAUCGAGCUACAGUGCACAGGCAGGGCCAUCGUCACAACAUGUACUCUUGACUGUGACUGUAUGCAGGAAAUAUCCAGUAAACUCGGUCAGGGACAACUUGCUCGAGCUCUCUUCACUCCUCAUUUACCUUUACGUCCGCGCUGCGCUCACCUCGACAUCAGCUCGCCUCUGUCAUCACCUUAUUUUCCCCUGCCGAGUCUGCCACACGCCAAAGUCUUCCUUCGAUCACACUCCUCCUUGCGACUAGCAGUACCCUAGCAGGACUCUGCCCAUCAUGGCCGGCGCAAUGGAGAACGCGAAGAAGAACCUCCCAAAGAUCCGUGAUGAGGAGAGGGAGGGAAGAUUCGGAUCGGUGUUUGGUGUAUCUGGACCCGUCGUGAUUGCCGAGAACAUGAUCGGCUCUCAAAUGUACGAGCUGGUUCGAGUGGGACACGAUGAGCUCGUGGGAGAGAUCAUUCGUAUCGAUGCGGACAAGGUGACUAUACAGGUCUAUGAAGAGACGAGCGGUGUGUCUGUCGGAGACCCAGUGCUCUCUACCGGCAAACCCCUUUCCGUCGAGCUGGGUCCUGGCUUGAUGGAGAACAUCUACGAUGGGAUUCAGAGACCAUUGGAAGGCAUUAUGAAGAAGAGUCAGGGCAUUUACAUUCCUCGCGGCAUCAACACACAAGCGUUGAACCGGGAGCUGCAGUGGGACUUUAAGCCCACCAACCUCAAGGUCGGAGAUCACAUCUCUGGUGGUGAUAUUUUCGGUAGCGUCUUUGAGAACACGCUCUUGACGGACCACAAGAUCAUGCUGGGCCCAAGAGCCAGAGGUACAAUCACCAGCAUCGCCGAGGCGGGAUCCUACAACGUCGACGACAUUGUGCUCGAAGUCGACUUCCAAGGUCAAAAGUCGAAGCACUCUUUGAUGCAGCUUUGGCCAGUCCGUGCACCCAGACCUACCACUGAGAAGCUCGUCGCAAAUCAGCCGCUGCUCACAGGUCAGAGAGUGCUUGACACACUCUUCCCUUGCAUUCAAGGCGGUACUACUGCCAUUCCCGGUGCUUUCGGUUGCGGAAAGACUGUCAUUUCUCAAGCUCUUUCGAAAUUCUCCAACUCGGACAUCAUCACUUACGUCGGCUGUGGCGAGCGCGGUAACGAGAUGGCGGAAGUCUUGGCGGAGUUCCCAGAAUUGACCUUGACCCGUGACGGCAAAGAGCAGCCCAUCAUGAAACGUACGACGCUCGUGGCCAACACGUCCAACAUGCCCGUCGCAGCUCGUGAAGCCUCCAUUUACACUGGUAUCACCCUGUCGGAGUACUUCCGAGACCAGGGCUACAACGUUGCCAUGAUGGCGGACUCUACUUCUCGAUGGGCAGAAGCUCUGCGUGAGAUCAGCGGUCGAUUGGCAGAAAUGCCAGCAGACAGUGGCUACCCUGCCUACCUCGGAGCAAAGUUGGCCUCGUUCUACGAGCGUGCGGGUAAAGUCACCUGCUUGGGCUCUCCAGAAAGAACAGGAAGUGUCAGCAUUGUCGGAGCCGUCUCGCCACCAGGAGGAGACUUCUCAGACCCUGUCACUUCUUCAACCCUUGGUAUUGUAGGCGCUUUCUGGGGAUUGGACAAGAAGCUGGCUCAGCGCAAGCAUUUCCCCUCCGUCAACUGGGAUGCAUCAUACUCGAAUUACGUGCAAGCAUUGGAAGGCCACUACGAGAAGAAUUCUCCAGGCUUUAUCAAGCUUCGAUCUACUGCGAAGGACUUGCUUCAGCAAGACACCAGUCUGGCAGAAAUUGUGCAGCUGGUCGGAAAGAGCGCAUUGGGUGAGAACGACAAAGUGACGCUGGAGGUUGCGAACAUCGUCAAGAAUGAUUUCUUGGCUCAAAACGGUAUCAGUGCUUGGGACCAAUACUGUCCCUUUUACAAGUCUGCCGGUAUGCUGAAGAAUUUGGUGGACUUCUACGACAAGGCGCAGGCUGCCAUCAACUCGAACCCUGAUAUGACCUGGGCCAAAAUCCGCGAUCACUCUGGCGACGUCAUUCAUGGUCUGACCCAGAUGAAGUUCCUGCACCCUGGCGAUGGCGAGGAAUCGGUGCAGUCCGAGCUGGACAAGCUCAAUCAGCAGAUCGAGCAGAACUUCCAAACCCUUUCAGACUAGACGCUCAACCUUCUUGUGCACAUUCCCCAGCAGUCCUGUUUGAUUGGCCCAUGAUUUUCGGCUCGUCAACUUGCUUUCGCGCUACUCAAAUUCAUGAAUCGACCACAACAGCCUGAGCGAUGUGCUGAUAGGACCGUGCCACACAUACAGCGCGCUCUACCGUGCGGGGAGAAGCAGAGCAUGGAAUAGAUCGAUUUUGUUAUG